GAGAAGACGUGGCUCCAGCUCGAGUGUGGAAUUGGAAGUGCUACCACACGAUGUGAUAGAGCUCAUACUCGAGAGACUUCCCGUGGAAUCUCUGCGGAGAUUCAGGUCUGUGUCCAAGAAGUGGAUAUCCACAAUCGAUUCCCCUCGUUUCCAGUCAAGGCAGCUGAACCUUCGCAGGCAAUCACGAGAUACCGUACUGUCAAGUUCCCUUUUCCGAACCUCUUGCUUUGCUAUGGUAGUUGCGACGGUUUGGUUUGCCUCUUCUGUAUUGACACACCCAACGUCGUGGUGAAUCCCGCCACUCGAUGGCAUCGAAGUUUUCCUUUUUCCUCCCUGCAACGUCGUAUCAUCGACAAAGGACCGCCCUUUGGCAGCAACCCAAUUUAUGAGCUUGGAUUUGGUAAAGACAAGUUGAGUGGUACUUACAAGCCUGUUUGGUUGUAUAAUAAUUCAUCCAAAUUCGGACUAGACAAUGUUACCACUUGUGAAGUUUUCGACUUUAGCACCCACUCCUGGAGGAACCUUGUCCCUUCUUCUCCUUAUCCUAUUCUCAGAUUCCAGAAGCCAGUCUAUUUUGACGGGUCACUCUAUUGGCUCACCGACUGUGUAGAAGAAACAAAGGUUUUGUCUUUCGAUCUCCACGCUGAAACUUUCCAAGUCAUCUGUAAAGCUCCCUUUGCUGAUGAUGCACCUCGCCCAAGUAAUGUAGUCUUGUUCAUCCUUGAUGACUGUUUGUGCGCUUCCGAGAAAACGUGGCCAACGCAAGUCAUAUGGUCCUUGGAUUCUUCUUCAAAGACAUGGAAGCAAAUGUGUUCUAUAGAUCUCACCAAUACUUUUCCUUUGUUCGACAGAUACGGUCUCAUGCCCUUACCCGUAGCAAUCCUGGAGAAGAACAAGUUAUAUCUCCAUGGUCGUAACUACUUGGAACCACUCAUGCUACAUGAUCUCAAUACCAAAUCUUUUGAGGUAGUCUCCACACCUACCACCCCCGGAGAUUGUAUUUAUUAUUUCGAAAGUUUGUUCUCUGUUUAAUUUUUCAUGUUUCCUUAUUUAUGUAUCAAUCAACCAUUUGUAACUUUUCACAAUUUAAUGUCAUGCUGUAAUCAGCUUUUGGUUCU